AUGGCUCCUGAGGAAUUAAGGAUUGGUAAUAAGCUCAAGCGGCAGGAGCUGUUUGCUCAGCUCAAGGACCAGAAGAAUAAAGAGCGCCAUCAAAUGCGCCAGACGAGGGCUAAAGAAGAACGAGAAAACCCAGAGCUUAAGGAAAAGAGACUGAAAGAAAAUGUCACCAACACUAUUGAUAGUCUACGUGUCUAUGACGAAACGUAUAACGGGGCUGUGGAGGGUGAGGAGGCUGAUUUUGCCCGUUUCUUCAACAGUGGUGGGGAACCUCCUAAGAUUUUGCUUACAACCAACGUGAACGCUAAAAAGAAAGCUUACGAAUUUGCAAACGUACUGAUUGAAAUACUUCCAAAUGUUACCUUUGUCAAGCGGAAGUUCGGUUACAAAUUGAAGGAAAUUGUGGAGUUUUGCAACAAUAGAAAUUAUACCGAUCUGGUGAUCAUCAACGAGGAUAAGAAAAAGGUAACAGGUUUGACGUUCAUCCAUUUACCAGAGGGUCCAACUUUCUACUUCAAAAUCAGCUCAUAUGUUGAGGUACAGAAAAUUGUGGGGCAUGGGAGGCCCACGAGCCAUAUUCCAGAGCUCAUUUUGAACAACUUCAACACAAGACUUGGUAAGACGGUAGGUAAACUGUUCCAGUCAAUAUUUCCGCAAAACCCUGAUUUUGAAGGUAGGCAAGUCAUCACGCUGCAUAAUCAAAGAGACUAUAUUUUCUUUCGCAGGCACCGGUAUGUGUUCCGCAAUGAAGAAAAGGUGGGUCUUCAAGAAUUGGGGCCUCAAUUUACGUUGAAACUUCAACGUCUGCAGCAUGGCAUCAAGGAAGAAACGGAGUGGGAGCACUCUGCAGACAUGGACAAAGAGAAGAAAAAAUUCUAUCUGUGA